AUGAAGAGCUCCAUUCUCCUUUCCAUUGCGGCCAUUGCUGCCCAGGUUAUUGCCCUCCCUACCCACAAUGAGCGAUCCGUGGCGCUUCCUAUCAGGGACAUGAACCUCGCGCCGCAAGCCGACGUCAGGCCUAAGCUUCGUCGUGGCAAGAAUAAGAACGACCAGCAGGAAGAGCAAGCCGAAGCUGCUGAGGGUGCUCAGGAUGACGCUAAGGAUGCCGCCGAGGGUGCUGCCGAGAACGGCGCCGCCAAGAAGAAGAACAAGGCAGACGACGCCGCCGCCGGCGGCGGGGCCGGCAACGCGGCCGGUGGUGGAGCGGCCAACAACGGAACCGCCAACGCCGGCGGCGAGGGCAAAAAGAACAAGAAGGAUAAGGGCAAAAAGAACAAGGGUAAGGAUAAGGAGGCCAAGGCCCAGGACAAGAAGAAGAAGGAGGCCGCAGAGGCCGGCAAGAAGAACAAGGGCAAGAAGAACAACGGUGGAGGCGGCGCCGCCAACAACGGUACCGCCAACGCUGCCGAUGGCGCGGCAGCCGGCAACGAGAAUGCAGACAAGGGAAAGAACGCCAAGAAUGAGGGCAAGAAGAACGACGAAGCCAAGAAGAACAAGGGCGCCGGCGAGGGCGCCGGCGAGGGCGCGGCUGCGGGUGCGGGUGGCGCUGCGAACAACGGAACCGCGGACGCUGGUGGCAACGCCGGCAAGAAUAACGGCAAGAACAACGACAAGAAGAAGGACGGAAAGAAGAACAAUGGUGAUGCCGCCGAGGGUGGCGCGGCUGCCGGAGGCAAAGCUGCGGACAAGAACAACGAGAACAACAACGCUCAGCAAAACAACGGAAAGAAGAACAAUGCCGGCGGCGAGGGAGGCGCGGCUGCUGAGGGUAAGGGUGCAGACAAGAACAACGAGAACAACAACGCUCAGCAAAACAACGGAAAGAAGAACAAUGCCGGCGGCGAGGGAGGCGCGGCUGCUGAGGGUAAGGGUGCAGACAAGAACAACGAGAACAACAACGCUCAGCAAGACAACGGAAAGAAGAACAAUGCCGGCGGCGAGGGAGGCGCGGCUGCUGGGGGCAAGGCUGCGGAGGAGAACAAAAACAACGCUCAGCAGGACGGCAACAACAUUCUCUCUACCAUCCUCGAGAGUAUCACUGGUGGCGGUGCUGGUGCCGGUGGUGGCAAGGCGGCUGAGGGCGAGCAACAGCAGAACAACCCUCUCUCAUUGCUCACCGGCCUUACCGGACGUGACGAGGAGUCGGCUGAUGCGGAGUAA